CCUAGGGCGCGAUUGCGGAUCUAUAAAAUCACGAGCCCAGGGGCGGUUUGAUAAAACGGGACGUAGUCUACCAUCUACAAGCGAGCUACACUGUUUAACAACAGAUAAUGAAGUUCUUAGUCUUUUUUGCCGUUUGUACGGCAUUUGUCUCCGUGCACUGUACUGAAAUACAACCGAAGAUUCGUUUGGUUAAAGUAGAGCGCCCCAAACGCGCUAUAAAUCCGCUGGAUUUUUUCGGCCACCAAGUUAACAAACCGACACCAAAGCCGACAACUGUUCCAACGCAAGAGCCAAGGAAAGGGGAAAUGCCUGAAAAAUUUCGUGAAGUUCUGGCGAAGAUGAAGACUCCCAAUGAGCUUUUGAAGCAUUUCGGAGUGACUGACUCAAUGCAGCAAAGAAUUCAGGCGAUGAAUAGAGGGUCCCUGGCACAAUCAGGAAUACAAAGCAUGAAUAUGGUUAAAGAAUCUUACUGCGGGUUACACCCUCAAAAAUUCGAGAUCAAGCAAGAUCGCCUUCACAUUGGCAUGUACUUCCCUUACGUGUUCCAAGUUCCUCGAUGCUCAGGGGCUGUCCUUUUUUAUGGUCACGUGGAGUGUGUACCCCGGCGCAAAGCCACAAUAAACUACCACGUCCAUUGGAUUCCCACCACUAGUGAAAGCAGUUAUGCUAUGCUGCCAGUGCCUAUUGAGGUGGACUUGGAGUGCGAGGAAGCAUGUCGGAUAAAGUCUCAUCACUGUGACCCUAUUCGGCAGUAUUAUGACGAGAGAACGUGCUCGUGCAAAUGCAAGGCCAAUUACACUUACUUCAAGCUCGGCUAUAAGUGCGGCAAGGAACCCGACUAUGAGUUUACGAGAUAUUCUGAAGAGAAAUGCGACUGCGUUUGCGCACUUGAUAACAAGCACUGUGACAUCCUCAAGCAGAUCUGGGACAAAGAGAAAUGCAAAUGUAUUUGCCCUCCAAGCAUCAAAUGCCCUGGUGGACAAUCGAUGGAUGAGACUUGCGAGUGUAGGUCUAAAGUCAACCCAUUCAACUUUUUUGGCGGAAAGAAAUAGAGGAAAACCGCGAGUAAGUCUACCCCGUGCAAACAGCGAUUGAUCAUUAAAGGUUUUAUCUCUGUCAGCCACGUGUCCCCAAGCGCUAGGAAUCAGACUUAUCCCAUCGGAUGAUUUAAGAAACCUAUUGCGAUAUUUUCGAUGAGUCUGAUAAAAGAAUUAUGUUUUUAUAUGGCUAUUACGCUAUUGUCUUUUUUUUAAUUGAACUGACUUUUUUUUAAUAAAAACAAAAACAACUGUAUGGCUGACGUAGACUCACGCCAUUGUUUUACUUUUAUAUUACGGUAUGUAAUAUUUUUUUUUAUAUUUGACUCGUCUCAAUCAGGAUUUUUAACAUCUUGCAUGCAUCACUUUGUAUAUUGCAUCACUCGGUAUCUACAAAUAAAGACCAUCAUGGAAAA